CGGGUCUCCGUUCCCUAAGAUCGGUGAACCCCAGAGCCUGGUGUCUUCCUUUGCCGCGUGCUUGCUUUUAGGAAAAAGCCUUUCUCUCCCUCCUGUGGCAAGGCGUUUUCCUGUUGCUAAUCGUUACUGCUCGUCCCCAAAUAGCUGCCACUAGGUUAGCUCGCUAUUACGUUACAGUACGCAGGAACUGAAUAAGGUUCACUUGGGGUGAGAAGGAAAGCAUGUGAAAGUGAAGGGUGGAGGCUGCUGAAACGUGAAGAACAGCAGAAUAUUCAAUGGCGAUGAAGGGUAAACAAUGAUAGCAAUGAACGGGAGAAAAUGGUGGCUAUGGAAACAUAUUCGAAAUCUCGAAUUCCUCACUUAACCAACUCGCAAACACUUUGGAAAACUAAUAGUGUACCAAAUACUGAGGUUCACUUGCAAGUCUCAAAUAAUAUUCGAUUAUCUAACGAGAAAGAACGGGGAAGGGCCAGCUGUCGUGGUGUGAAGGGUGAGGAUGACAACUCAAAUACGAAGGCCAGGCCCCACGCGGAACAAAGAACCGGAGGUCAGAGGUCAGAGAGGGUGUGCCGAAAUCUUGGCGGGCGGAGGGCCCGUGCCGGGCGCCCUGGCAAAGGACGUCUGGAAGGGCCGGAGGGCGCCGGGGCUGAGCAGAGGGCCUCGUCCUCGUCCUCGGGCGCGGGCAGAGGCGGAAGGCCGGGUCGCUCCUCGCCACCUGGCGCUGCCAUCGAUUUCUCGGCGGCGGCGGUGGCGGCGAGGGAGGGACCGGGGCCGGGUGACCCCGCGGGGAGUCCGUGCGACCAGGCGAAGGUGGGGGCGGUGACGAGCAGAGCAGGCGUCGCGACCGCUGCAUACGUUGCGCCGCGCGCGCACGGCCGCUGUUCCGCAGGAGGACGAGUCGUCGCGAGGGCGGCGAGAGCACACACAGAGCAGCGCACCCCUCGCGCCACGGCGGCGGCGGCGCAGCACGAGCAGCCUCGGGCGACGCGCCACAGCAGGCGGCGCGCCGCAUGGAGACGAUAG